CAGAGAGAGGCCAGGUUUCCCUUGCGUGCUUAUCCUGCGCACCUCCGCCCUUAUCGUAGGCACUCCGCCGGCUUCAGAUCCGUAGGUAUAAAAAAGGGAAAAAGGACAGCUUCUUUUAAUUUCAUUUUUUUUCGGUUUCCUUUCGGGAGAGAAGCGUUCUCAGUCUCUCUCUCUCCUUCCGGAAGGAAAUAGAAAGAAUCAAAACAGCAGAAGAAGAUUGAAGAUUGUGAUCUCAGUGAGUAACCUGCCUUGAAGGAAAAAAUAUUCAUGGGGUGCUUUAGUUGUUGUGACCAAGAUGACUACCAUAAUGCAGCCGAUAAUAGAGGGCCCUUUGUGGCAAACAAUUCAGCAGGCAAUGCUGGAGCAUAUCAUACCACUGAUCCUGCUCCAAAGGGUGCUCAGGCUGUAAAAGUGCAGCCUAUUGCCGUCCCAUCCAUUUCUGUAGAGGAACUGAAGGAAGUAACAGAGAACUUUGCGCAGAAGGCUUUGAUUGGAGAGGGUUCAUAUGGAAGAGUAUAUUAUGGCAUCCUUAAAAGUGGCCAAGCUGCAGCGAUAAAAAAGUUGGAUGCCAGUAAGCAACCAGACCAAGAAUUUCUAGCGCAGGUUUCCAUGGUAUCAAGGCUGAAACAUGAAAAUGUUGUUCAGCUGGUCGGUUAUUCUGUUGAUGGAAGUAUCCGCAUUCUUGCAUAUGAGUUUGCUACUAUGGGAUCCCUCCAUGAUAUUCUUCAUGGGCGGAAAGGUGUCAAAGGAGCACAACCAGGUCCAGUUCUGUCAUGGGCACAACGAGUUAAGAUAGCUGUAGGAGCAGCAAAAGGACUUGAAUAUUUACAUGAAAAGGCGCAGCCUCACAUCAUCCACCGUGAUAUUAAGUCCAGCAAUGUGCUAAUAUUUGAUGAUGACGUUGCUAAGAUUGCCGACUUUGAUUUGUCAAAUCAAGCUCCUGAUAAUGCAGCACGCCUUCAUUCUACUCGUGUACUGGGAACUUUUGGUUAUCAUGCUCCAGAAUAUGCAAUGACAGGACAGCUGAGUUCAAAAAGUGAUGUUUACAGCUUUGGUGUUGUCCUCUUGGAGCUCUUGACUGGUCGCAAGCCCGUCGAUCAUACAUUACCACGGGGGCAGCAGAGUCUUGUAACAUGGGCAACACCAAGACUUAGUGAGGACAAGGUAAGGCAAUGCGUUGAUACAAGGCUAGGAGGAGAGUACCCUCCCAAGGCAGUUGCAAAGAUGGCUGCUGUAGCUGCCUUGUGCGUGCAAUACGAAGCUGAUUUCCGGCCAAACAUGAGCAUUGUCGUUAAAGCUCUUCAGCCUCUAUUGAAUGCCCGGUCUGGACCUCCUGGCGAGACCCCAAACAUGUGAAUCCAGUCUCCUCUACAUCCCAUCUCCGCCCCUUUUUUUCCUUGAUCUUAACGGACAAAACGGAAUUGAGAUUGUUUGAUAUCUGGGGUGGCUGUAGAUUGUGUACCGUCCUUUGAUACACUUUGAUUCUUUGGUAAUAGUGAAGGUUUGUGUUUUCUAUAACUUGUAGCUUAGCCAUUCACUUGAAUGAGGGAUUAGGUUAUAGUGUGGAGAACUAUGACUUCUUUGAUGUGCACUCAUUUUUCCGAAAAAAAAAAAAAAGAUCUCUGAAUGUGAUUAUUGGGUUAUGACUCA